AUGGUACGAAUACCACUCAACGCCGCUCGCUCCAUUCAGGGCUGGGGAGCGAAAGGCGUGCGUCCAAGGAUAGUUGUGAAGGCCCUCUGGUCAGCUCACUCGGAAUCUCUCAGCAAACCGACCGGUCGGAGCGGAGCUAGAUCCAAUCGUGUGACUGUUAUCCGGUCAAGUGUGAAUAGGGGUGACAUGGGUAUUUCACGUUUACAUGUCGAAGAACGCAUGCAGGAGGAAGAGGAGGAGGAGGAAAAAGGGAAGAAGUUGGCAAUGCAGAUGCCUCUUCCGAAUCAGAAAUACCUAAAUUCUCGAAGGUUUCGCACACCGCCCAACGUCACAAGGGAGUUUAUAGAUCGGCUCGGACGACCGCACAUCCAGAGCUUUGAUGACAUGAUCCGCAUCGGACUGCGCGAGGCCGUCUUGUCCACCCCGCCGGUCGAGUUCAAGGUGCCGCCGAAUGGACCCACGAUUGGGUUGCACUUGGAUGCAGCCUCUCUGGGCUACCCCGAGGUGGCAAAUGGGAAUGUGGGGGUCGGAACAGGAGCGGUGGCGAAGAAAAAAGUGCUGCCGGCAGAGUGUCGCAUCAGUGGGAAAACCUACACGGCCCCGCUGCACGUGUCCCUGCGCGUCGUCAUUGAUGGCGAAGAAGCGGCCAGUCUGACCCAGGCGUGCGGCAACGUGCCUGUGAUGGUGCGGUCCUCGCGAUGCCACCUGGCCGGUCUGUCCCCUGCGCAACUGGUGCGCGUCGGCGAAGAGGAGAACGAGAUCGGCGGAUAUUUCAUCGUGAACGGGCAUGAGAAGCUCAUCCGCAUGCUGGUGGCCACGCGACGCAACUAUCCUCUGGCCCUGCGUCGGCCCACGUGGGCCUCUCGCGGCAAGGACUUUUCGGAUAUGGGCGUGCUCGUUCGGUCCGUCACCGAGGACCAAUCGAGCUACAACAACGUGCUUCACUUCCUCAAGGACGGCAGUGCCAAGAUGAUGUUCGCUUUCCGAAGAGAGAUGUUCUUCAUCAAGGUCGGCGUGAUCCUGAGAGCGUUGACGUCCCGUUCCGACCAGGCCAUUCACGACGCUCUCGUUCGCGGCAAGCCAAAGUCCGGCUCGCUGCCCUUCAGCCGCCGGAUGCUGGUCAUGUUGCGCGAGCUGCACGGAAGCCAAGAUGACGGCGUUCACACGCAAUUGGAUGCCCUCAAGAUGCUCGGCAACCGACUUCGGCCCCGCGUGCAGCAACACCUGAGUCCCGACCUGGACGACGUGAGUCUGGCCAGGGCCCUUUUGCAACGCUCCCUCCUGCCCCACCUCCGCACCCCCGAACUCAAGUUCCGUAUGGUCGUGCUCAUGAUGCAGAAGCUGUACGCGCUGGCGAGCAACGAGUCGAGUGUCGAGGACACGGACUCUGUGUACAGUUGGGAAGUGUUUUUGGGCGGCGAUAUUUACGUGCAAGUGCUCAAGGAGACGAUGCACCGCAUGCUGCGCGUCAUCCGCACGACAGUGCUGACCAAGGCCGAACGGGGUGGUGGUCCCGUGGACAAGGCCGCCGUGUUGGCGGCUGUCAAGACUCGGCCACGCGUCGGCGACAUGAUGGAGCUCUUUCUGGCCACUGGCAAUGCCCCGGCCGGAGGGGACAUGCUCGUCUUGCCGCAAAUGACCGGCCUCUCCGUCGUUGCCGAGAGCAUCAGUUGGGCGCGGUACACGUCCCACUUUGAGGCCCUGCAUCGUGGUUCGUUCUUUGUGAGCGUGCGGUCGACGGAUGUGCGGAAGUUGACGCCGGAUGCCUGGGGCUUCGUGUGUCCCGUGCACACCCCGGACGGGACCCCGUGCGGACUGCUGAACCACCUGGCCAAGGACUGCGUCGUCGUGUGCGACCGAGCGCCCGACUUCGUGCACCAGCUGCGGGCCCAUAAGGAACGGACGAGCAGCGGCGGACAGAAGACGUCAUCGAACGCUGCGGGCUUAGUGAUUAGCAAGUUUACCGAGAUCGGGUUCAUCCCGGACGUGGACCGGGACUCGAGUAACAGGGAAAUGGCGGGCUACGUGGGUGGCCAGUUCCCGGGCGUAUUUAUCUUCACUGGCAUGAACCGGCUGAUGCGGAAAGUCGUCAACUUGUCCACGAUGAGCGAGGAGCUCGUGGGGGCGCUGGAGCAAAUGUACCUGCACAUUGCGUGUUCCCCGCAAGAAGUUGUGCCCGGCAUGACGACGCACGUGGAGGUGUCGGCGACGAGUCUGAUGAGCUCGCUAGCCUGCCUCAUUCCGUUGCCGGACUGCAACCAGAGUCCCAGGAACAUGUACCAGUGUCAGAUGGCCAAGCAGACGAUGGGCACGCCGUUCCACGACAUUCGCCGGCGUCCGUCGUGCAAGUUGUACCGACUGGACACGCCCAACUCCCCGUUGUUCCGAACACGGGCCUACGACCAAUGGCAGAUGGACGAUUACCCGGCGGGCACGAACGCCAUUGUGGCUGUCAUUGCUUAUUCGUCGUACGACAUGGAAGAUGCCAUGAUCAUCAACAAGGCGUCCAUGGAGCGAGGCCUGGCGCACGGGUCGCUGUUCAAGUCGGAGCUGGUGGACCUGUAUGUCCUGGCUGGCAUGACACGCUACCAGGGACGCGGCGACUGCGUUGGACUGCGGUUCGCACGCUGUCCGGAUCUGGGGCCCGAGGAUCCCGUGACCCGGGCACUGGACGUGGACGGCCUGCCCCGCGUGGGACUCCGACUCGACAAGAACACGCCCUACUUUAGCUACUACUCGCCGAUCGGCGACAAGUACGUCGUGAAACUCUUUAGAAAGGCCGAAGAGGCGGUUGUUAACCGAGUGUGGAUCCUGAGUGGAGGUGGAGGGGGAGCCGAGUGCGCCGUGACGCGCGUGCGCAUUUCGGUCUCGAUCAGACGUCGUCCCGUGGUCGGCGACAAGUUUGCCACGCGGUCGGGCCAAAAGGGCAUCUGCUCCAUGCUGUGGCCCACCGAGGACAUUCCCUUCGCCGAGUCGGGCAUGAUGCCGGACAUCCUGUUUAAUCCGCACGGGCUGCCGUCGCGGAUGACGAUGGCGCAGAUGAUUGAAGUGAUGGCGGGCAAGGCGGCGGCCCUGCACGGCACUGCGUUGGACGCCACUCCGUUUGAGUUUGACGAGGACCGGCCGGCACACGAGUACAUGGGGAACCUGUUGGCCAAAGCUGGCUUCAACCGAAUGGGCACGGAAGUGAUGAUGUGUCCCGUGACGGGCAAACCCUUUGAAAGUGUCAUCUUCAUGGGCGUCGUGCACUACCAGCGUUUGCGUCACAUGGUGCUGGACAAGUGGCAGGUGCGCAGCACGGGGCCCAUGAACCUGAUGAUGCGGCAGCCGAUCAAGGGACGGAAGCGCGGCGGCGGCGUGCGAGUCGGCGAAAUGGAGCGAGACGCCGUGCUCAGUGCGGGCUGCAUGAGUCUCAUGAUGGACCGGCUGCUGGACAACUCGGACGGCUACCGGGAGUUUGUGUGUCUCACUUGCGGGACUCUUGUUGUUUUUAAAAAGGGGGUUGGUUUGUCGUCAUCAUCGUCGUUUGACGGUGAUAUUUGA